AGCUCCUGCACUCGCCCCCUCCCCAGCGUGGCUCUGCUUCGGGGCCGGGGCGCGGCGCCCACCAUGCACGGCUGCCCGCGGCUUGCGCUGCUCUGCGCGCUGCCCUGGCUCCUGCGGGCGGCGGCGCCCGGGCACCCCUCAAAGCCCCCGACUCAGACUCCCGCACCGCGCCGCGAGCCCAGCGACCCUGCCAGGGGCGCGGAUUUCGAUCACGUCUACAGCGGGGUGGUGAGCCCGAGCACCGAGAACAUCUACUCCUUCAACUACACCAGCCAGCCCGGCCAGGUGACCGCCGUGCGGGUGUACGUGAACAGUUCUUCUGAGAACCUUGACUACCCAGUCCUCGUUGUGGUUCGCCAGCAGAAAGAAGUGCUGUCCUGGCAGGUUCCUCUGCUCUUCCAAGGACUAUACCAGAGGAGCUACAACUACCAGGAAGUCAGCCGCACCUUGUGUCCCUCAGAAGCGACCAAUGAAACAGGACCCCUAGAGCAACUGAUAUUUGUAGAUGUGGCAUCCAUGGCACCACUGGGGGCCCAGUACAAGCUGCUGGUUACCAAGAUCAAGCACUUCCAGCUCCAGACAAAUGUUGCCUUUCACUUCACUGCCAGCCCCUCUCAACCUCAGUAUUUUCUAUACAAAUUUCCCAAAGAUGUGGACUCAGUUAUCAUUAAAGUGGUGUCUAAAAUUGCUUAUCCAUGUUCCGUUGUCUCAGUCCAGAAUAUCAUGUGCCCAGUGUAUGAUCUUGACCACAAUGUGGAAUUUAAUGGUGUCUAUCAGUCCAUGACUAAGAAAGCUGCCAUCACGCUACAGAAGAAGGAUUUUCCAGGCGAGCAGUUCUUUGUGGUGUUUGUGAUAAAGCCUGAAGAUUAUGCCUGUGGAGGAUCUUUCAGCACCCGAGAAAAGGAGAAUCAGACAUGGAAUCUUCAAAGAACAAAGAUCCUUAAAGUGACCAUUGUUCCUUCCAUUGAAGAAUCCGUUUACGUGAAAUCCAGCCUUUUCAGUGUCUUCGUCUUCUUGUCCUUCUACUUGGGAUGCCUGCUUGUUGUGUUAGUUCAUUAUCUGAGGUUUCAGAGAAAAUCCAUCAAUGGAAGCUUUGGUUCCAAUGACGGCUCUGGAAAUAUGGCGGUGUCACAUCCCAUUGCUGCCAGCACACCGGAAGGGAGCAGUUAUGGGGCAAUAGAUGAGUCAAGCUCCAGUCCUGGAAGGCAGAUGUCCUCCUCUGAUGGUGGGCAGCCAUGCCACUCAGACACAGACAGCUCCGUGGAGGAGAGUGACUUCGACACCAUGCCAGAUAUUGAGAGUGAUAAAAACAUCGUUCGGACCAAGAUGUUCCUUUACCUGUCAGAUCUGUCCAGGAAGGACCGGAGAAUUGUCAGCAAAAAAUAUAAGAUUUAUUUUUGGAAUAUCAUCACCAUCGCUGUGUUUUAUGCACUGCCUGUGAUUCAACUGGUCAUCACCUACCAGACAGUGGUAAAUGUCACUGGCAACCAAGACAUCUGUUACUACAACUUCCUCUGUGCUCACCCCUUGGGCGUCCUAAGUGCCUUCAACAACAUUCUCAGCAACCUGGGCCACGUGCUUCUGGGCUUCCUCUUCCUGCUGAUAGUCUGGCACCGGGACCUUCUCCAUCGAAGAGCACUGGAAGCCAAAGACAUCUUUGCUAUGGAGUACGGGAUUCCCAAACACUUUGGUCUCUUCUAUGCCAUGGGCAUCGCAUUGAUAAUGGAAGGGGUGCUCAGUGCUUGUUACCAUGUCUGCCCUAAUUACUCCAACUUCCAAUUCGACACCUCCUUCAUGUACAUGAUCGCGGGCCUCUGCAUGCUGAAGCUCUAUCAGACCCGCCACCCGGACAUCAACGCCAGCGCCUACUCCGCCUACGCCUCCUUCGCGCUGGUCAUCACGCUCACGGUCCUCGGAGUGGUGUUUGGAAAAAAUGAUGUGUGGUUCUGGGUCAUCUUCUCUGCAAUCCAUAUUCUGUCCUCUCUGGCCCUCAGCACCCAGAUCUACUACAUGGGUCGUUUCAAGAUAGAUGUGUCUGACACAGAUUUGGGGAUUUUCCGGCGAGCCGCUAUGGUGUUCUACACGGACUGUGUCCAGCAGUGUAGCCGGCCUCUGUAUAUGGAUAGAAUGGUGCUGCUUAUCGUGGGGAAUCUGGUUAACUGGUCCUUCGCCCUCUUCGGGUUGAUAUACCGCCCCAGGGACUUCGCUUCCUACAUGCUGGGGAUCUUCAUCUGCAACCUGCUGCUGUACCUGGCCUUCUACAUCAUCAUGAAGCUCCGCAGCUCCGAGAAGGUCCUUCCAGUGCCACUUUUCUGCAUCGUGGCCACCGCUGUGGUGUGGGCUGCCGCCCUAUAUUUUUUCUUCCAGAAUCUCAGCAGCUGGGAGGGAACCCCAGCUGAAUCCCGGGAGAAGAACCGCGAGUGCAUCCUGCUGGAUUUCUUUGAUGACCAUGACGUCUGGCACUUCCUCUCUGCUACUGCGCUGUUUUUCUCAUUCUUGGUUUUGUUAACUCUGGAUGACGACCUGGAUGUGGUUCGGAGAGACCAGAUCCCUGUUUUCUGAGCCUCCAGCAUGAAGAGGGGGACAGGAAGCAAUCAGUCUUGGUGCUGUUUCUUGAAAAAUACAGUGACUGCAGCAAACUAACCACUGCCAAAUGCUCCAGUCGCCCUCUGCAGGAUCAGCUGUGUUUUCACACAGGAAGAGGAGGAGCUGGGGGAGAUCUAAACCGACAAGAAGGGAGGUAGAAGGGAAGCCAUGCUGAGGAGCCAAGAAACAGCCAUCCCCUUCCAUUUACAGCUCUUUGGGUUAGAUGUGGACCAAAGCUGCAUUCAAGUGAACUCACUAUCUUGCAGCCCCUCCACUCUCACCUGAGAACUGCCAGCAAUGGAGAUGCUGCUGCGCUUAGCUGCCGCCAUUCCCAGAAAGGCCAGCAGCUUGGGUUUCCCAGCCAGAAACUUCGGCUUGGCCCCCUUGGCACCUCUGUGACACCCACUGAUCUAGAUGUCCCAAAGCAUCAGCUCAUGUGUCCAAGGUCCUGGGAGGACGUGAUUCCCCAGAGUAUGGGGGAGAGGUGACACAAGGCCCUGCCCAACUGGGAUAGACGUUCUAGUAGCACCAGCUGGUCACCUCCUUGGAAGGAAUGCUGGAUGCCAUUAGAAAGACUCAGGACUAGGCUUCUUAACAGGUACCUUCUUAACAGGUACCAUCACUGGGUCCAAGGCCUGGGUGCUUACCUAUCCCUCAGUGUCUUCAUCUCUGCUGUAUGUUGACCCCAUCACUCUGGCUCUAUCUUCUUGGAAAGGCCCUGUCAUUCCAUAGAUGUCUGGUCAGCUCUAGGGCAGAAGGGGAAAUGGGAAGAACUCUUCUAGCAGCAGGAGAAGUGAGAGAAAUGAUCAACAAUGCUAAGAGACUGUUCAUAUCAGCAGUAAGCAGACAGGCUUCUCUUAAGGGCUUGGGCUCCUGGAGCAAAUUCAGCAAAGUGAACAGUGUUUCCCUUGGCCCUCCAGUCAUACAGCUCAAUUCUGUGCCCACAUCACCUUGCGGAAGAAAUAACUGUUCUAACCAACUGUUCAAUACACUAGGGGUCCUCCACAACCGGGCCCCUCAUCUGCCACUUCAUGGAGAGCAGGGUUCCAGACUUUCUCCCUGAAAUUCUCAGAAGGAACGCUCAGGAUGGACACAUUUUCCUCUUCCUCUGUUGCAAGAGCAGAGCUAUUUUAGUAUUGUCUCUUGGUUGCACCUGACUCUCCUCUUCCAGUAAGGUGUUGAAAAGCUCAGUGUCCCAGUUCUACUCUCACACUGUCUGGCAACUCUGCCUCGGAGAAGUCCCGUGUUGACCAGUCUCCUUGUUGCCUGGCUUAUGAUAUAAUUAGAAAAUAUACAUACACAUGUGCGCACGCAUAUAUAUUUGCUAUGAAAUUGAAGUCACCUUUCACCUCUGCUUUCCUGAUCAUUCAUUAAAGAAAUUCUUUUUU